CGAAACCCUGGAAUAAACCCUCGCCUCCUCCUCUCCACUCCCCGCCGGAAAACCAACCCAGCCACGCACCUCUCUCUCUCUCUCUCUCUCUCCGACAUGGACCCCGACUUCCGGUUCGACCCAGAUGGUUCCGACGACGAGGCGGCGGCGGCCUCCGCGCGGCGCAAGCCGGCGCAGUCUCCCUGGGAGUUCUCGUCGUAUACGGAGUCCGUGGCGGCGGAGCACGCGCGCCGCCGCACCACCUCCAUCGACGAGAAGAUCUCCCAGGCCCUCCGUGGCCGACGCAACCCCUCUCGCCCUUAUGGCUCCGACGGGGAGGAGGAGGAGGAGGAUGCUGAUGAUAGCGACGAGGAGCCGGUGAAGGGGGAGACUGGGGACGAGGAGGAGGAGCUAGAGGAGAGCGACGGCGACGAAGAUAUUGAGGAGAGUGACGAGGAGGAAGAGGUCAAGGAGGGCGACAGUGAGGAAAAGGAGGAGGAGCAAGGAGAAGAGGAGGAGGAGGAGGAGGAUGGGGAAGAAGAGGAGGCUGUACAAGAGGACGAAGCUAUAGCUGAACAGAGCAGCACUCCAGAUCCUUCUAAAUUUUUUUCAUCGUCCGAAGGAGCAUCGUUCAAAGCAAAUUCGUUUCUUGAGCUCAACAUAUCACGUCCUCUUCUUCGAGCUUGUGAAGCACUUGGCUAUCAAAAACCAACGCCGAUUCAGGCUGCAUGCAUACCUUUAGCAUUAACAGGACGGGAUAUAUGUGGUAGUGCUAUAACAGGAUCAGGGAAGACAGCUGCAUUCUCUCUGCCUGUGCUCGAGCGUCUACUUUUCCGGCCAAAACGUGUGCCUGCAAUUAGGGUGCUUAUUCUUACUCCAACCAGAGAGUUGGCUGCUCAGGUCCAUAGUAUGAUUGAGAAAUUAGCCCAGUUUACUGAUAUCAGGUGCUGUCUCAUAGUUGGUGGGCUUCCAACUAAGGUGCAAGAGGUAGCUUUAAGGUCAAAUCCUGACAUUGUUGUUGCUACUCCUGGGCGCAUAAUAGAUCAUCUACGCAAUUCUCUUUCUGUUGGGCUUGAAGAUCUUGCGAUUUUGAUCCUUGACGAGGCCGACCGUUUGCUAGAAUUGGGUUUCAGUGUUGAAAUUAAUGAACUGAUUCGCAUGUGUCCUAAAAGAAGGCAGACAAUGCUAUUCUCUGCCACAAUGACAGAAGAAAUUGAUGAACUCGUGAAACUUUCCCUAAACAAACCUGUCCGUCUUGAAGCUGAUCCUUCGCUGAAACGGCCCGCAACGUUGACUGAAGAGGUAGUUAGAAUACGACGGUCACGUGAAGCAAAUCAAGAAGCUGUUUUGCUUGCUCUCUGUUUGAAGACCUUCAAGGAAAGAGUAAUCAUUUUUAGUGGGACAAAGCAUUCUGCUCACAGAUUAAAAAUAAUGUUUGGUCUGUCCGGGAUGAAAGCUGCUGAACUUCAUGGCAACCUUACACAGGCGCAGCGGCUUGAGGCUUUAGAGCUAUUCAAAAAGCAAGAAGUGGAUAUCCUUAUCGCAACUGAUAUUGCUGCUCGUGGAAUUGAUAUUGUUGGUGUUCGAACUGUAAUAAAUUUUGCCUGCCCACGGGAUGUCAAAACUUAUCUUCAUCGUGUUGGCCGUACUGCUCGGGCGGGCAGGGAAGGAUAUGCCGUCACAUUUGUUACUGAUGAUGAUAGAUCCCUCUUGAAAGCUAUUGCAAAAAAAGCUGGUUCACAGCUGAAAAGCCGCAUUGUUGCAGAGAAACCAGUGGCUGAUUGUGCAAAAUUGAUUGACCAGCUGGAAAACCAAAUUUCCAACAUAAUUCAAGAAGAAAGGGAGGAAAUGGCAUUGAGGAAAGCUGAAAUGGAAGCUACAAAGGCAGAAAAUAUGAUAGCUCACAAGGAUGAGAUAUACUCACGACCUAAGAGAACCUGGUUUGCUACUGAGAAGGAGAAGAAGCUUUUGGCAAAGGCUGCUAAAGAAUCCCUGGGUCAAGUUAAAAGUAGCUCUGGAGUUGUGAGUGCUCAGGACGCUGAGGAUCUUCGUCUGAAGGAAAAAAGGAGAAGAGAGCGUGAGAAAAAUCUACCAAGGAAGAAACGCCGAAAAUUGGAGGCGCAAAGGGAGAUGUUAGAGGACGAGAAGGAAGAUGAGGAGGAAACUCAGGAAAGCAAAGGAGGGAAGAAAGCAAAGAAUAGUCAAUCUGUAGUUGAUGUGGCUUAUCGUAAGGCAAAAUCAUUGAAGGCAACUGGUAAAAAAGAUGGCAAAGGAAAGAAUGAGAAGGCAAAACAACCAUCGGAAAAGGGCCAGACUAGGCAAGAGGAAAUGCACGAACUGUUCCAGAGUGAUAUGAGUGAAUGGAAACAGGGCCGCUCCUUGAAGAAAAAGGACAGCUCUUUUGCAAAGAAAUCUAAGAAUUCUUUUAAGAGUAAAUCAAGGUACAAGCGGCGAAAAUAGAAGAGCUGUCAACUUAUAAUGUGUUGUCAAAACUGGGUGUGUAUUGCAUACCCUUGUAACAAUUUUGACUGAUUUACCCUGAAGGGGUUCUGAUAUGCCAUUAGCUAUUAGUUGUAGAAUUGUUUUGCUACCAUGUAAUGGCAUUUCACAAUUUCAGAAAUCAUCUAUGCUUCACGUAAGA